AUGAAGGUUGAGGAAAGAGUUGAUUCGGAUCAUCAGCCGUUAACGAAAAGGAAGAAGGAAGGGGGGGAGGUAGAAGAGGACUGGGGGAAUUUGAAGGAUAGGGUUAAUGAAGUGGUGAAAAGGGUAGAAAAGAACUGGGGGAAAAAGAAAAAAGGGGGCUGGUGGGAUGAGGAAUGUAGAGAAUUAAAGGGCAGGGUAAAAGAAGAGCUAAAGAUAUGGAGGAGCGUAGGGGGAGAAGGAGAGGAAUAUAAGAACUUGAGGAGGGACUAUAGGAUAAUGUGUAAGGAAAAGAAGAGGAAAGAGAGGGAGGAAUGGGAAAGAGAACUACAAGAG